AUGAUGAAAUUCAUUAAUAAAAUAUUUUUCCAAUAAACCAGAAUGGAGAAAAGUGUAUUAUAUUGCCGCUUAAAAGGCUUUAAUCAAUAGAACUAUUUGGAUUAUAUUCAUCAAACCAUUGACUCUGAUUAAACAUUAUAGGAUAUUUUCUAAGAUCAGACAGGAUAAUUGGGGUUUAAAAAUUAUCUCAAACAUGAGAUUUUCAAUAAUCCUAAUUAACUAAGAUCAGAUUUGGAUGCUAUAUACUAAUAAUGGGACACCAAAGCUAAAGUCCAAUUAAAAAGAGUAGAAAAUUUUAGAUUAAUAAUGUUAAUGUACUUGGGAUUGUUAGAGCGAGACUUCUCAAAAGGAGGAUUUUAUUUAAUUGAUAUGGCUUACAUAAAAUAGACCAAAAGUCAUCUCUGUUAAUAGAAAUUAAAAUGUUUUAAGCACUAUAUAAAAACAUUUUAUUUAAAUUAAGAUUCUAUUAAGGAUUAAUAGUUAGUGUUUUCAAAGAAUUCGAUAACUAAAGAGUAGUUCGUUAAAAAUUUUGACUAAACUAAUAACCAGAUCAUUGACUUUGAAUUUACCUAAUUGAAGAAUGAAGAUCAUAAAAAUUCUACUGUUGUUGAUUUUGCUGAUGAAAACAUUGGAGGACUUGUUCUUGACACUUGGAAUUGUGCAUAGGAAGAAGUAAAAUUAUAUUUUAUUUUAAACUAGGUCAUAAUGCUCAUAUACCCUGAAGCUAUUACAUGUAUGCUUUUUAUCCCAAAGAUGAAAGAAACAGAAGCAGUAUUAAUCGAAAACUUGAAAAAAUAUAGCAACUAUACCGGAUAUGAAAAGACAUUUGUAAGUUUCCCUAAUGAAGAUAUCCGAGAUAGUUAUAAUGUUCUGGUAUUUUUAAUUAAUAUUACAAAGGCAAUUGAUGCUAAACCAUUUUAUAGGGAUGACUAAUUUACAAAAGACAACAUAUAUAGAGAACUGUUAAAAUGUUAUGCAGGUUUUGAACUAUCCUUGAAAAACCAGCCUAAUUGUGAUAUUUCUACAGGGAGAUGGGGUUGCGGAAUUUUUGGUGGUAAUAUUUAUUUAAAGGCUUUGAUUUAACUUUUAAGUUUUGCUGUUGCUACCAACCAAGUCAAACAAUCAAAGUCAAAAUUAAUUAUCAAUUGUGUUAAUGAUUAAUCAUUGUUUGAAUUUGGAGCCACGCUAAAAUAAUUGUUAUAAUCGUCAGGAACCUAACUUAAUGUAAUUAAUCUAAAGGAAUCAAUUUUAUUUUUAUAAAGUGGAAUAGAUGAUAGCAUGUUGUAAAAUUAGAAUACCUAAUUGAUUAAAUAAAUAUUUACAAUUUUGACAAAAGACAUUCCCUAAGUCCAAAAGCUAAGUUAACAAAUUAAUUCUAAUGAUAAAGUAGAUGCAUUAUAAUAAAAUAUUAAACAAGGAGAAGGUCAAUAAUAACAGAUUAAUAAAAAUAUAGAAAGUCAAUAUUAGGAUAAAGAAUAAUAUUAGAAAAGAAAGACAAUUAUUUCUGGGUAAACAAUUUGUAUUGCUUUUGGCAUUUUGGCUUCUCUUUACAUAUUUAUAAAAUGAG